UGGCGCUGACGUCACCGCCGCCCGGUCCCCGCCGCCAUUGGAGUUGGAAGGCUCCUCCGGCAGGCAAAUAUAUAUAUAUAAUAAAUAUAUAGAUACAUAUCUAUAUAUCUCUCCAGCACCGCUGCCUCUUUCUCUGAGGGAGCCGCGGUCCAAUUGGGGAAGAGGGGAUAAGGAAAGAGCGGCCGGAGAAAGGCUUCUCCCGUCUCCCUCAGGCCCAGAGGGAGGCGAGCGGAGGCAACGGCAACAGCGGCUCCCUCAGCCCUGCGCGAGGAGGAGGAGGAGGAGGCGGCCCGCGAUGUGAGGGGAGCGGGGAGGAGGAGGAACGGGCGCGCGCACGAACGGGCCGGCGAGGGCGCGCACGCACGAGGGCGGGGGGCGGCAGCCCUCCUUCCCCCCUCCCCUCCUUCCCUUGACCUCAGACUCCCCCCCCCUCACCACACACCCCUCUUCGUCUUCCCUGCCACGCGCCUGCGCAGCGCGCCCCCGCCCCCACCCCUCUCCCUCCCUGCCUCCCCCCACCUCUGGGAGAAGCGGGAGGGGGGAGCGCACCCACCCACCCACAUUCCAGCCAUCUCCCUUUCUCUCUGCCUGGGUCUCUGGACACCCACCCCUACCCUCCUACUCCCCUGCCCUCCUCACCCGCGCCUGGCCUCGCCCCCCGCCCCCUCCUUCUUCCUCCUCCUCCUUCCUCCCCUCCCCGGUCCCUCCCCCCCUCCCCUCGCUGCCACCACCACUUCAGGGCGCGCAUGAGAGAUGUCUGCCACCAGCGUUGACCCCCAGGUAAGCGGAUCAAGGGUGGGCGUGGGGAGAGGGAAGAACGGGCAGCGCUCGCCCCCUUUCUCCCCUCCCUGCAUUUCCUUCUGUUUGCAAUUUAAACCUCGAGCUCCCUUUAAUUCUGCUUCCUGGGCCUAAGCAACCCACCCAGCCUUGCCUUAUCCACACUCGCCCUUGUUUCUCUUUCCCGUUUUAUGCAAAUCCAGCCCUGUCCUAUUUUUUUUUUAUUUUUUUUUGGGAGGAGCGGGAGGGAUGAGGUUUUUCUUUUAUUUCUUCCGCCUCUUCCUUUCCCCCUCCUCCGGGCCUUUGUUCAGUCCCGUAAGAGUUUGGCUGUGUCACACGCACUACUAGGCCCUCGCAGGGGCUGUUACAAGCGUUGUGCAUCCGAAGGUUGUGUACAUUAAGUGCACGCUUAACGGGAGGGUGAGAUAAACACAUAUGUGCCUCUGACAGGAGCUGCAAUUGGCCGUGAUUUUGUUGAGUAUUUGGUGCCAAACCAGGGUUUGCAUUUGUGCAAUAUGUGAACUGGACAUCUGCAGUCAUUGUAUGGGUCCUUUUUGAGGAAAGAUAAUUGGAUGUUGCAAUAAAGUCUUGCGACUUAAAGGCUAAUAAAUGUACUAUGGCGUAAGCUUGCAUGGACUAUGGUCCAUGUCAUCAGAUUCAUGAAGUGUUAUUCUGAAAGAUGUACAUGCACACAUGCCUUGGGAUGCACUUCAUGUACCAUACGCUUCACAUCUCUUCCCCACUAAGCUGUACAGUGUAGGGUAGUGAUGGGAAGCGUGGUCUUCCAGAUGUUGCUGGACUACAGUUUCCAUUGCCCCAGCUAGCAAGGUCAGGAAUAAGGAGAAUUGGGGUCCAACAGCAUCUGGACGGCCGCAAGCUACCUAUUACAGUGUAGGGCCUGUAUUACUUACCGUAUUUUUUGCUCUAUAAGACUCACUUUUUCCCUCCUAAAAAGUAAGGGGAAAUGUGUGUGCCUCUUAUGGAGCGAAUGCAGGCUGUGCAACUAUCCCAGAAGCCAGAACAGCAAGAGGGAUUGCUGCUUUCACUGCACAGCGAUCCCUCUUGCUGUUCUGGCUUCUGAGAUUCAGAAUAUUUUUUUUCUUGUUCUCCUCCUCUGGUGCGUCUUAUAAAGCGAAAAAUACGGUAUCUUCAGCUCCCCUUCCACUUUCUGGAUCUUUCCUCCUUCUUUGAAAUACAUGCUCCACAUCCUUCUCCUGGAGGAACUUUUCUCUUUGCUGUUUUGGAUUUUGUGGGGAACUGCUUCUCCCUUUAUUCAUACAUGACAAUUCUGUAGGAUUUUCAAAUGGUCUUCUAUUAUCUCAGUAAUUCUUAACAAUAGUACUGUAAAGUAGGUAAAUAGUAUAUAUUUGUGUCUCAGUCUGUGGCUGAGAAGUAGUGGCUUGCUUAAGGCUACCUUGUGAUACCAUGACUGAUACAAGGUUUGGACCAGCAACCUCACAGUCAUAGCCACAAAACUGUAUCAAGCCUAUGUAUUUUCCAGAGGUGUAACUAUGUCUGUUGCAGUAAAAACUGCAAAGAGACUUGUGGCAUCUUGAAAGACUUAACAAAUUUACAUCAUCAGCUUUGCCUUCAAAAGCUCAUGCCAUAAUAAAUUUGAUAAGGUACCUAGAUAGCCUUUCUGAUGCUUACUGUAAGUGCCCUUUGUUAUGGUGUUCAAUUUUAUUUCCCACCACCUAUUUCUUGCUUUCUUACCCUGUGUAUAUGUCAUUCUUUGAUGUGCUACUUCUUGAUUUGUUUCUGAAGGGGGGGGGUGUUUCUCUGGUUUCCACAAGACUUAACUUUUGUUUUUGUUUUUUUGCUUUACUUAUUUCUUAAAUUUGGAAAUGUGGCUACCUUCCCUUCCACUUUUCUCUUUGUGCUUGGGAUGCCCAAAACUUUAGUGUUCCUCUUCAUAUGUCUUUCUUAACAGCCAACAUUUCCCACAUCUUUGUUUAUCAACCUUUUUGGGCCCAAUGGCAUAUCUGCAAAUCACAGAAACUUUCAUGGGCGCAAAACACAAACUUUUCUGUUGCAUGCAAUAGGAUGUUUCUUUGAAGUCUUAAUUUUAGCAGGAGAGUGGGACCCUGUAGGUACCAGGGAAGGCCCUUGUAUACAUGUGUGCCCACAGUGACCCCUGUGUAAACUGUUGCAGCUACUCUGUCCCCCUGCAGGUUUUUACGUACUCCUGAAGGUCCCAAAGAAGUCAACUGCUCUUUUCUUUGUUAUCUCUUCCUAGCGAUUCCUCCCUUGGCAUUUCAUACACAUGCUAAAGCUAGGUGCUGUUUCCCUUAUCUGUUUCUCUUUGUUUCUGCCUUUGCUCUUGAGUCGGAGUGCUUUUCCAGUGUGUCUGCCUUGCAAUCCCCAGCCUUGUCUCAUGAGGUGGCGAGGGGUUUCUAAAAACAUCAAAGAGCCUUCUGGAUCAGGGUAAUGUCCCACAUAGUCCAGCAUCCUGUUCUCACAUUGGCCUACCAUAUGCCUCUGGAAAUCCUAAAUGUAGGACCUGAAUGCAACAGGAGUCUCUCCUCUCCCUCUCUUAAAAAAUACCAUGCUGAAUACUUGACUGUCAUCGUGCUCUACUACUGAGUGUUCAUUUUGUACUAAUUUCUUGGGAGUCAUUGAAUACUGUUCAUGCAGUGCCCUUGACCAUUUCUAGCUGGAACUAACAAAUACUUUGAGAUGGUUCACUGUACAUACUGACUGACUAAACUGGUAACAGAUGCAGAAACCAAAGAUCAGGAAGAAAGUAGUUGGGAACUGUAGGACUUUACAUGGCUUUGCCCUGUCUGUCAGUGUAGGUUACAAUGUUAUAUAUUCUUUAUAUAUCAUGGAUUACUAUAUAUAUCUAAAUUGGAAUGAUCUUUUGCUUUAUUGUGGCUCAGGAAAUGACAUAUUAUCUGCUCUAUCUCUCUUUAUCUGAACAUGUGCUUAUGACAUCACAGAGACCGAAAGGACAAGAUAAUAAAGGUAAGGAAAUUUUUAAUUUAAAAUAGGCGGUUCAGAAAGUAGAUCUAGAUUGAAUAUACUGGAUGAAACUUGGCUUUCACUGUUGAAACAGAUCUUAUUAAAAUGCAACAAGAUCCUGUGUAGAAGUAAGUCUUAUUGAAUUUCAGUGGCAUUUACUCAGGAUGUUUGAUUAGGAUCAAUGUGUUAAACUAUUUGUAUGUUUUCACACCAUUGUUUCUGUGCAGACAUCUGUCUCAGUUUUUGUUUAAAAACGAUGCAUACCUAUUUAUUUUUGCACCAGCAUUGUUUUCAUUUGUAUAAAAGAAAAGAUAAAAUAGGUAAAUUUUCCAAGAAUGUAUUAAUUUUGUAUUGCAGUUAGGCCACUUCCUCUUCUGUCACCAGAGUAUUAUUGGUAGUUAUGGGAUUAUAGGUCAUGGGAGUUGACACAUCACUGCUCUUUUUUCCACUGAAACUAUUUUUGGAGCACUCAUCCCAAAGUUCAAACUCCUCUUGACUGCAAGAUGCAGAGAUUAUGUAUAAAAUAGCAACAUUUGACACGGCUGAAUGUAGGAGAGCAAAUAGUCACCAUCACAUUUGGAUUACGCUGUUACAUAUUUUAUUUAGAUUUAUAGUCCACCCAAUUCUGAAAUUUAAAGGCGGACCACAAUACAUCAAAAUCAAAAGUAUAAUUUGCAUGUUCAGAUGAGUCGUUCUUGUUUCCACAAGCAAUUAUGGAAUCGUUUAGCAUCAUCUUCCAGAUCUUUUCUUCAUACUAGUUUAGUAUUUGGAAUUUUAAAUCUGGCGGGAAGUUAUUUAAGCCUAUAUAUUUUCAACAAAAUUAAGAGGGGUUUAAAAACAGCUUUAAAAAGUAAGCAUGGUAGACAAGGUGGAAAACUUCACCAUAAGUAUCAUUUGCUAUGCCAUGCUAUGCCGUCAGUUUCCUGUUUUUUGCUGGAUCCCUGAGUACAACCCAGAACAGAGUUAGGCAUGCUAGAGCCCAUAGAUUUCAGUAGUCCUUGGCUUUGGCAUCUUCUGUCUAGUGUUCUCGAAGUGCCCUUCUAUAGCGUUUUAAUUGUUCGCACUGUGGUUAAUCCCUCCCCAACAAUUAAGUAUAAAUGCUUUCUCUUAUUUUGUUACACUAAGCCGUUUAAAACUCGUAAUUGCCCUAAGCUAUCAUAUUUGUUUCCAGUAUGGGGGUUUGUAGUUUCAUAAAGGCUUAAUUCAUUUAUUUUUGCAUCGCUUAAGGAAGACUUCUGAUUUUGUGCACAUAAAAGAGGAGAGGGUUUCCACCCUAAAAGUUAUCCUUUUGAUAUCUAUCUAAGGUGGUAUUUGAACAUUUAUUAUGUUUUACUUAUAAAACUCUUCUGGUAACUUAAAUACACGUGUUAACUAGUUAGUGACUUUGAAACCUCCUAUCUUCAUGGAGUUUGUUUCCUAUCAUCUGGUCUGCCAUCAAAUACCUGCACACUGUGAACAGUUCUGGAUAUGGAGGAUUGCUGUAGGCUUCCUGCAGCAGACAUGAAGUACUGGCCAGGCUUGUUGGGCUUCAGUGUAUCCCUGUGUCAACUGAGUGCACCUAAGACCAUGCCUAGCGCUCCCCUGAAGCUGCACAUUACAAUGGAAAUUAUAAUAACUAUCAAUCUGACUUUCAGGGAUACUUGUCUGUAUUGAAGGUCUUCUCAGUGAGGAACCUGUGAUAAGCAAGAAUCCCAGGGUUCCUUAGACUGCGGUCUGAAAAGCUGACUUAAAAAAACAAAUAUUUUUGCUAGUUAUUAUACACUAAGAAAGAGCAAUACCUAUAAUAAUCCAGAUUGUUAUGAGAAAGUAUAGAGUCUCCAUUCUACAUAAAGGAUACCAAGACUUGAACUUUAAAGACCAUUCAGCUAGCAUUUUAUUGACCUCUUCCUGGCAUGCCAUGCUGACUUGGAGGCCUCUCAGAUUUCUGCUCUUGCUUGCUAAGCUUCUCUAGUCUUCCUUCUCAGGCAAAGAGUAUGUUAGUACAUUGUAUGAAUAUAACUCCUGUUCUUGCCAAAGCUGUGUUGCAGGUUGUUGAAAAACCUGCUUGCAAGCUGCUCAGUAAAUGUCAUUCAAACUAGUCUUAUAGGCAACAAUGGCAUUUAGCGUUCCUGUGAAAGAUUUUUUUUCCCCAUCUUGUUGAAAUCUGACCCCUCUGCCUUCUCUGAAUUUACAGUGCCAUAGGAUAAAAACUGCUUUGUUUACAUAUGCUGUCACUGUGCUUUAGGAAAUGGUUCUUACUGAAACUUCAAGAAUGUACACGGCUAUAACUUCAGCUCUUUUGUUUCAGUGCAAAAUGGUUCUCUUCAUCAGAAAGAUACAGUUCACGACAACGAUUUUGAGCCUUACCUUUCUGGACAGUCAAAUCAGGUUAGUUAGCACUGCUGAAAAUAUUAUUUGUUUCUUUUUUUCAAAAAAGGGCUUUUGGGGAGUGAAGAUAAUCAGAAAGUUGUGUAUUAUUUUUUUUUAAGGAAAUCAUUCUAAUAUAUGGUAGAGAGAGCCAAACUUUUUCAGGCCGAGGGAGCGGGUGUUUGUCUGCAGACAGCUUUUUCCGGGUCAUGUGGCCAGCAUGACUAAACUGCUUCUGGCACACAGAACACUGUGACAGAAGCCAGAGUGCAUGCAAAUGCCGUUUACCUUCCCACUGCAGUGGUACCUAUUCAUCUGCUUGCACUGGUAUGCUUUUGAACUGCUAGAUUGGCAGGAGGUGGGACAGAGCAAUGGGAGCUCACACUGUUGAACGGAUUCAAACUGCCAAACUUACGAUUGGCAAGCCCAAGGGGCUCAGUGGUUUAGACCACAGCGCCACCCAUGCCCCUAAUCAGUAGCAGCACCAUAAAUGAAUUUGGGGGCUGUUGGGAGGGUGUUCUGACCCUUUUACCCCCUCAUUGAUCCUUCAACUUAAGUUAUCCCGAAAGCUGCUGUUUGAUGCAGAGCUUUCCCUCUGAGGAUAAUGGCAGCUUCAGGGGUGUAAAGGUAAAGGGUUCAACCAUUUUCCAUCAUGUGUAGUUUGAAAAAAAAUCACAUGUAAUUUGAUCCUCAGUUGCAUAGAUGAAUGGUUAUAAUGGAAGUAUAAAAGCAUUUAACUGUCAUGAUAGCCCUGUGAGUUAAAUCUGUAUGAGAGGUACUGGCUCCCCAAAGGCCACCCUGUGAAAAUAGUUAAUUGAUAUUUAACUUAGCUGGUACACACUUCAGCCCAGCUGCCUAUGUUCAACACAUCAUGCUAGCCCAACACUUAAAAUAGGCAAGUUGUUUGGGGGUUUCUUUUUCAUGAUGAGAGUUUUAUUUUGUUGUAAAGUUGUCUUGAGGUGCUUCUUUCUGUAUAAAGCAAUUAAAAAAGGCCAAAUAAUAACAAUAAAUUACUUGUAUGGCACUGCUGCUGAGCAGUUGCCCAUCAUCUUAAUUAAAUAACUAGUUUGUAUAGGAUUCUAAACACUUUUUUCCUUCUCAGUCAUGGUAGUGACUUUGGAAAAUUUUAUCUUCCCCAGUAAAGUGAUGCUUGACACACUUCUCUUGUCGGCUGAAUUUAUUCCUUAUCUUUUAAGUGGUUUGGGCAUACCAUGGUUUGCUCCUUUUUGUUAACUACCAUGCUAUAACUUAUGCGAUAUAGGGUUCUCCCAGAAAUAGUUAGAUAUGGAGAAUCAUGCUUUAUUACAGGGUAAUGAACUAGGUUACCUUCAGGUCUUUUACUGCUCUGCUUUUUAAGGAUGGUAACUGAUGGUAACUAAUUGCUGAAAAGAAAUACUGGAACUUAUAUGGUGCAUAUUCUUGAUGGCCUGUAGAAAUUCAUUUUUAAUAAAAAUAUCAUAUUUGUAUUAAAGAGUUUUAAAGUCUGAGUUUAAAAAUGUAUAGGUAUUACCUUGAAGAAAUGACAUGCUCAAAUUUUAACAGACCACCCAAAGGCAGAAUAUUUUUAUCAGUGGAAUAUUUUAACAGUGGAAUCAUCUCAGAAAAUACCUUCCAGUACAAUACUUCUCCGUGUAGGCAUGUGUAUCAAUAUUGACAGUGCUUGAGUAAUUUGAUUGAAUAAUCUGAACUGAUCCAUCAUUUCUUUGGGUAAGAGUAGUCCAGGAAGAAGUCCAAUAUGAGCUGGUAGCUAUUUGCAUGGUCCUUUACUGUGAUACAGUCCUUCCAUGUAAUUGUACUGGAAUUUUCAGCAAAGCUUGAUGAGGCAAUGCCUGCCGAUGAGACCCUGGCCACUUUUUCAGCAGAAGGUAUAGGGACCCCUGACUGUUAGGUCCAGUCGCGGACAACUUUGGGGUUGCGGUGCUCAUCUCACUUUACUGGCCGAGGGAGCCAGCGUACAGCUUCUGGGUCUUGUGGCCACCAUGACAAAGCCGCUUCUGGCGAACCAGAGCAGCGCACGGAAACACCGUUUACCUUCCUGCCAAAGCGGUACCUAUUUAUCUAUUUGCACUUUGAUGUGCUUUCAAACUGCUAGGUUGGCAGGAACUGGGACCGAGCAACAGGAGCUCACCCCGUCACGGGGAUUUGAACCACUGACCUUCUGAUCGGCAAGCCCUAGGCUUUGCGGUUUAGACCACAGCACCACCCGUGUGGUCUAAACCGGGUCUAAAGCCCUGUCUAUAUGCUGUGUGGCAUUCACAUAGGUGAAGCUUGUUGCUGGGGUGGACAGGCCAUGCUGUUUUGUUAAAUAGGUAUAAUUGUUACUUUUAAAACUUGUUUGUGAAAAGCUUGUAAAUAAAUAUCUUCAAUAAAGUUUGUUUGCCAUGCUACAAUCUUUCAUACACUCUUAACUAUCAAGCUGCACAUUUGUAAUACAACAUCAGAAACCCAUAACAGGUGAAAAAGGUGAAAUUGACCAAUUAGGAUUUUAAUUUCAAGAAGCCCGAAAGUGUGUAUAAACAACAGCAACCCAGAAAGUUAAGAUGAAAUUGGUUGAAAUGCAACUUAAUAGUCAAACACUUAUUAAGGGAUCAUGUGACAGAGGGCAAGCAAAAUACAGUUGUACCUUGGAAGCCAAAUGGAAUCCGUUCCGGAAGUCUGUUUGACUUCUAAAAUGUUCGGAAACCAAAGUGCGGCUUCUGAUUGGCUGCAGGAAGCUCCUGCAGCCAAUCAUAAGUCAUGUCGAAUGUUCAGCUUCCAAAAAUAGUUUGCAAACCAGAAUGUCACUUCUGGGUUUGUGGCAUUUGGGAGCCAAAGCAUCCGAGUACCAAGGCGUUCAAAAACCAAGGUAUGACUUGUAGUGGGGAAAUUUACCAAAGAUGAGUAAAACGGCUUUAUUCCGCUACGGCUGCACAUGGAAAUGUUAGACUUGGAGUUAUGAGAUAGCGUCAGGUCACAAAGUUGUGCUAAAAAGGUUAGGAUAUCAAAAAUACCUGAGGUUGAAGGUAUGCUAGGUCACUUGGAAUUACAGCUCCUUUUAGCUUGAAUGGUGUGUGGUCUUAUAAGAUAGCUAAAGUCUCCAUGGUUAGAUGUAGUGCAAAGUUAGGGUGUCAAAGUGCAAAAGCAUCGCCUGUUAGGUAGGAAUCACUGUUUCUUCCUAUGAAUUAUUAAUGCUUACCUUUUGCAUUUGUUGUAUCCAAUGGCACUGAAUUAAAAGGCAUCUAUUUUAGCAUAGAUGCACCAGUAAUAUGGAACACUGCUCCUGUUGAAAUUAGAGAGGUGCCUACAAUCCUGAUACUUUUUUGCCUGUUGAAAAUGUAUUUGUUUUGUCAACUGUGUGUAGAGAGUUAAAUUGAUAAAGUUUUGGCUUUUUGGUUCUAUAUUUUACAAUUGUAAAGUACAGUAAGCCCACAAUAAAGUACAUUCGCCCGCAACUUAUGUGAAUUUUAACUUGUACACAUUCAGCUUUACACACUUGGCAAAAAAAUGUUUAAAAAGGGAACAGAAAGCAGACUGGUGUCUGGGAAAGAAGACUUUGGCAAUCACACCUGCCAUUGCACCCAAUGUGCCCAAGCAUAAUUUUGGCUUUAAGUGCGAUCUCCAGAAAGUAAAAACCCAUGCGUAAAUUGAGAACUUACUGUAUCUUUAUUAUUUCUGAAGUAUCGGUCAUGGGACUGUAGGAACAGUGUAUUUGGUUGGUGCCUGAAAAGGGAUUAAUCUACUGCAGGGUGAAUGGAAGGAAAGGGAAGAUAGCUUUAUAAUAUUGUUAACUCCAGAAUAGUGAUUAUUUUAAUACAUUAGAAGAAGAAGAAAACUGACUAGGCAGUUGGCUGGACCUUUAGAUGACAAGGGAGUCCAAACAUGUGCUAAAGGAAGUUGCAGCAAAGCUGAUGAUUAUAUCCAGCUAAGGUCCUACUCUGAGUAGGACUUAGUUGGAUACACCCCUGAGUGGAUUAUUUGCACCUGUCUUUGUUGUUGAAGAGGUAGGGCAGAUCCUGGUGCCUGAACUAACUUGGGAAUCCAAGGAACUGAGGCCAGAAGUGGUGACAAAGUAAGCUCUAGGCCUUAUUGACGAACCGACAAAUCACUGGCACUAGAAGGACUAGCUGAGAGCUAUUAAAUAACUUGGGUGUGAAAUUGCUAACCUUCUGACAAGUAAGUUGUCAUUAAGAUCAGCCUUCAUACUUGAGGACAGGAAACUCUGAAACCAAUUUUUUAAAAGGGAAUUCAGGGGCAUCAGAUAAAUUACAGCCCAGGCAGGUUAACAACUGUUCUAGGAUAACUGGUGGAAAACAUUAUUAAAGGUAUAAUUAUCAAGCGUCUAGAAUAAUAAAUCUUGACAAGAAACCAGCAUAACUCCUGCAGGGAUAAAUUCCAUCUAAUUUUUAUAGUUCUUUGAUGGUGCCAACCAUCAUAGAUAAUGGUGAUCUAGUAGACAUUAUUUACUUAGAUUUUCAAAAAGCUAAAGAUUUUCAAAAAGCCAAAGUCAUGGCAUAAGAGGGCUGGUUAAGUAACAGAAAACGGGGAGUAGGGAUGAAUUCACCCUUAUCACACUGGAGGGAUGUAAGAAGUGGGGUUCUUUGGGACUAAUAUUGGCACUUGUCCUUUUAAGCUUGUUAAUAAAUGGCCUGGAGGAAGCCUUGUUUAUGAGAAUAUGAGAAGAGCUUGGCAAGUUUCAAAGUGUUCAGUUUACAAGUAGGGAAUCUGAAAAUAUUAUAAUGCAAACUACCCUGUGUAAAUUCUCGAUUUCAAUAUGCUCAUAUCACUAAGCUGUGCGGUUUGGUACUCCAAGAGUAAUGGUCACCAGCUUUGCUUUAAAACAUGUUUAGACAAAUUCACAGAGAACAGGGUUGUCAAUGACUACUAGUCAAGAGGGGAGUGUACUACUUGUAUUUGUAUGCCUUUUAACCUCAGUUUCCGAGAAGAACAAGUGAUGGCAGUACAGUUAUACUCAUGCCCUGCUGGGAAUCUUCCAGUGGUCAUCUUGAGUGGCUGCUGUGAGAAUACGAUGCUAAACUGGGUGGGCCUUUGAUAUGGUCCAGCUGGGCUGUUAUGACUGGCCUAGGAGAAAAGGAGCUAUGUAAAGGCUAAAUAAAAAAAGAGUGAUAAAAGGUUGCUGUUGCAGAAAUGACAUGGAGAAAGGUUUUCAAGGUUCAGGAGCAAUGACAACUUAAAAAGUGGGAGAGUCUAUUACUGAGGUUGAAAGAAGGUGAUUAGUCAGGGCUGUGAGGGAAGGGAAUGCAACAGGAAACUGGGCAAUGUAGGUAAGGAGACAUAAUACCUUAGGACUGGAAUGGCGAGUUAUGACCCACCACCUGUUCUUUGACUAAAACUCCAUAAUCCCUGGCUGCUGGUCAUGGUGGUUGGGACUGAUGGCAACAAUAUCCAAAGAGACACAGCUUCCCCAUCCCUGCCUUGAGAACAAAUUUGUCUUCCUGGGCUCCUUUGGGUGGAAGGGUGGAUAUAAACAUAAUAAUAAUAAUAAUAAUAAUAAUAAUAAUAAUUUUUUAUUUAUACCCCGCCCUCCUCAGCCAAGGCCGGGCUCAGGGCGGCUAACAAGCAAUAAUAAAAACAAGUUGAAUGAUUACAACUUAAAACAAAAUUAAAAUACAACAUUAAAAUAUUGAAACAUUAAAAUAUUAAAAUGCCUCUUCGCAGGAGGAGAAGGAAAAGAAAAAAGAAAGAGAGGGAGGGAGGGAAUCAAAUUGGCUCCAAGCCAAAGGCCAGGCGGAACAACUCUGUCUUACAGGCCCUGCAGAAAGAAAUCAGAUCCUGCAGGGCCCUGGUCUCAUGAGGCAGAGCGUUCCAUCAGGCCGGAGCCAGAGUUGAAAAGGCCCUGGCUCUGGUUGAAGCUAAUCUAACUUCCUUAGGGCCCGGGGCCACUAGGGUGUUGCUAUUUAUGGACAUAGAGGCUCUCCGUGGGGCAUACCGGGAGAGGCGGUCCCGUAGGUACGAGGGUCCUAGGCCGUGAAGAGCUUUAAAGGUCAAAAGCAGCACCUUAAAUCUGACCCUGUACUUCACCGGGAGCCAGUGCAGCUUGAAAAGCACUGGGUGAAUAUGCUCCCAUGGCAGAGACCCUGUGAGGAGCCUCGCUGCAGCAUUCUGCACCUGAUGGAGUUUCUGGGACAGCUUCAAGGGCAGCCCCGCAUAGAGCGAAUUACAGUAGUCAAGCCUGGAGGUGACCAUUGCAUGGAUCACUGUGGCCAGGUCAGGGCGGGAAAGGUAAGGGACUAAUUGCUUGAUGCGGCGAAGGUGGGAAAAUGUCGCCUUGGCUGUUGCUGUAACCUGUGCCUCCAUGGAAAGGGAGGCGUCAAGGAUUACACCCAAACUCUUAACAGAAGGCAAUGGCACUAAUUGGGCCCCCGCAAGAGAAGGGAGUUGGUCCCUCAUCCCCAUGCCAUCCCGACCCAGCCAUAGGACCUCUGUCUUCAAAGGAUUUAGUUUCAAUCGGCUCCCACGAAACCAUCCCGCCACAGCUUCCAAGCAUCUGGUCAGUGCGUUCGGGGCUGAGUCGGUGUGGCUAUCCAUCCGCAGAUAGAGCUGAGUGUCAUCAGCAUAUUGGUGACAGCCCAGCCCAAAGCUCUGGAUAAUCUGGGCAAGGGGGCGCAUAAAGAUGUUAAAAAUAAAUAAAUUAAAAUGAACUGAAGAACUCCCUUGCUAGAUCCAAUGACGACAUUCACUGUAGCCAACCAGUAGAGUAAAAGGACAAUAAGAUUGAGAAUGUGAAGUAGAACCAGUGAGUUGUAAAAUGUGAUUGAAAUAGCUGGCAAGAUGAAGAAUGAUGAGAACAAUUCUGAACAGACAAACUGAAUUAAUCUGAGCGAGAAAUGCUAGUGAGAUUAAUGAGUGUGCAAAAUAACCAGAGCCAUGGGCGAAAGAGCAACAGAGAAGAUUGCAAAGUGCCAGGACUUUUCAGGGAGGCAGAAGUGACAUGUUCUAGCAGGUAGUUGAAACAGAGAGAACGAGGAGAGUCAAAUACGAGAGUUGUGCAUUUGCAAUAAUUGGGGGUGGAAAUGUUAUUAGAACUUGCAUUUAUAUUAUAUUUUCUCUCUAGGAAUGUUUGUGAUUGCUUGCACAGUAUCACAUUUUUAUACACUUAGAUUUUACCAACUAACUUCAUGUGCUGAAAUACUGCGUUUGAGAGCAUUCAUAAAAGUCAUUAGGCAUAAGUAACCCAUUUCUAAUAUUGUAACAUUGGCAUCUUAUGAAAGUACUUUAGUCACAACUCACUAGUUGGCUUAACAUGCCCACUGAAGCAGAGAAGACAAGGCUUAUGGUUUAGGUUUAUUAAUUUUGUUUUUCAAAAAGUUUUGUGUUUCUAAAGUCUCAAAGUGAUUUACAAGCAAGUAAAAUACAGUAACAGAAUUACGAAAGCAGAUGAAAAACAGUUUUUAGCGUAUAAUAAAAUGAUAGUGGGGCUGCCCGGGAAAACAAAAACCUCUCCAUGUCUCCAAGAUUCACCCAUGAAACUGUUCGUUGUAAAGCUUGUGAACUAAUACUAAACCUGUUUUCAUCUGAGAGGCUGAAACAGUUGUUAAGAAAGGGGACACUUCUAAACAUUGAGGGCAUUUGAUAGCUCUUUCAGUUACAGCAGCACAUAAGAUUUGUACUUCUCUCAAGCAUCUCUUCUGGUUUGAAUAACACUGUAAAUAUCUGAAUCUGAAAUUACUUUUCUUGUCUUUAACAGAAUAACAGUUAUCCAUCAAUGACAGAUCCCUACCUGUCCAGUUAUUACCCGCAUUCUAUUAGCUAUCCCUACUCUCUCAGUGAAGCACCAUGGUCAACUGGAGGAGACCCUCCUAUUCCAUACCUCACUCCCUAUGGACAGCUCAGUAAUGGUGAUCAUCAUUUCAUGCAUGAUGCUGUUUUUGGACAGCCUGGUGGACUGGGGAACAACAUUUACCCGCACAGAUUCAAUUUUUUCCCUGAAAACCCACCUUUCUCAGCAUGGGGAACAAGUGGAUCCCAAGGGCAGCAGACUCAGAACUCAGCUUACGGAAGCAGCUACAGCUACCCGCCCAGUUCCCUCGGUGGUACCAUGGUGGACGGGCAGACAGGAUUUCAUAAUGAUACUCUAAACAAAGCUCCUGGAAUGAACAGCAUCGAGCAGGGAAUGGUUGGACUGAAGAUUGGUGGGGACGUCACAGCUUCUGCCGUGAAAACAGUAGGCUCUGUGGUCAACAGUGCUGGAAUGACAGGCACUUUGUCUGGCAAUGGGGGAUCAAGUAUAAACUUGCCAGUAUCUAAGCCAACCUCUUGGGCUGCAAUUGCUAGCAAACCCGCAAAGCCUCAGCCCAAGAUGAAAGCAAAAAGUGGUCCUGUGAUAGGAGGGGCUUUACCUCCACCACCUAUUAAACAUAACAUGGACAUUGGUACCUGGGACAAUAAGGGACCUGUGGCCAAAGUUCCAACUCCUCAGCAGAUCCCUUCCCCUCAGUCAGUCCCACAGCCACAAAUCAUUCAGCCUAUUCCUCCCCAGCCACCUCCACUGGCCCAGCUGCCAUACCAGAACCCUCAGCCGCCGCCAUCUCAAAACCGAUGGGUGGCGCCUCGUAACAGAAAUGCAGCUUUUGGCCAAAGUGGAGGAACUGGUAAUGAGAACAACUCGCCUGGCAAUACCCCAUCAAACUCCAUCCCAGGCAGCGAAUCCCACCCUGUCCUUGAAAAACUGAAAGCUGCUCACAGUUAUAACCCUAAGGAUUUCGAAUGGAACCUUAAAAAUGGACGCGUGUUCAUAAUAAAGAGCUAUUCUGAGGACGAUAUUCAUCGUUCCAUUAAAUAUUCCAUUUGGUGUAGCACAGAACAUGGCAACAAGCGUUUGGACAGUGCUUUCCGCUCUAUGAAUAGUAAGGGUCCAGUCUACUUAUUAUUCAGUGUCAACGGCAGUGGACAUUUCUGUGGAGUGGCGGAAAUGAGGUCGCCAGUAGAUUACGGCACCAGUGCUGGUGUCUGGUCUCAGGACAAAUGGAAGGGGAAGUUUGAUGUCAAGUGGCUCUUUGUGAAAGAUGUGCCCAACAACCAACUCCGACACAUCAGGCUGGAGAACAAUGACAACAAACCAGUUACAAACUCCCGUGACACUCAGGAGGUGCCCUUAGAAAAAGCAAAACAAGUGCUUAAAAUUAUUGCUACGUACAAGCACACAACUUCUAUCUUCGAUGACUUUUCCCAUUACGAAAAGCGCCAGGAGGAGGAAGAGGUGGUGCGGAAGGUAAACUGGCUCUAGAAUGUCUUACUGAACUUGUGGAAAUAUGGGAGGGCAGGGGGAGAGAGACCCAAAGGCUUGAAAGGGGCUUCUGAUUUGUUUUAAAAAGCAAAUGCCUAUGUUUCACGUCUUGUGGGUAUUCCAAAGAUCCACAGCAUCCAUACGUAAUCUCUGCUAGUUGGUCUAAGACAGUGGUGGCCAAAUUUGGCCCACCAGCUGUUUUGGAACUACAAAUCCCAUCACCCCUAGCUAACAGGACCAGUGGUCAGGGAUGAUGGAAAUUGUAGUCCCAAAACAGCUGGAGGGCCAGGUUUGGCCACCACUGGUCUAAGAUGUCAGAUUUGGCUUUCAUCCUAGAAGUAGUAUGGGUGGAAUCCAAGCCCAUCCACUACCACUUGCCAUGUCUGCUUGCGCGCAGGGGCAGGAAUGCAUUCGGAAGACAAUCUCUUGUGCCUUAUGAGAUGUCCUUCUGGGGAAGUCUCCCCCCACCCCACAAUAUUGGAGGUCCAAUUUGAGGAAGCUUAAAAGCCUCCCUGUGUGAGUGGAACAAACACAGCUGGAUCUUGACCUGUAUUCAAUAAAAUUGGUGUCAUUGUUAGUACUCAUCAGCUGCACCAAAUAUUUUGAUACCCAUUGCAAUUGAAUUUGUACGCUUCUAAUAAAACAUUACAGGUCAUAUGUAAGACUGAAAAGUCAGCCGUUAAGUAACUUGCAAAAUUUACAGAGGGAUUUUUUUCAACUGAACUCCACGAGGGAAGGCCCAGGAAAGUGGGGUUGAACAGUAAAUGAGCUUUAACUUUGAAGUAAAUGGUUCUUUACUGGUGUAACCCCUCCUUCCACUUUAUAUGCACAGUACAACAAUAAUACAAGGCAGAAAAUUAAAAUCUGUUCAAAUAAUUGCCCUCAAAAAUUGCAAAAUGCAGUUCAUUGGGAAUAUAUUGUACUUUAUUGUUGUGAACAGCCCUGAGAUCUACGGAUAAAGGGCAGUAUACUACUACUACUACUACUAAUAGAAAGAAGAUAAGCAUAAUAGCAGUAAUCAACAUGGAUUUAAAGGAGCCAAGAAUGUAGGAGAACUGGAGGGACAACUAGGCCAAAGAUCUCGAACUUCCAUCAGCCUGGGCAAAAGGGCACAUGAUUCAGGCAUUGGGAAUAGUUCCCUCAGCUUCAGUCUGGAGAAUGCUCCUUGUACAUCUCUACCAAGUAUAGGCAGCAAGUUGGCCUCUCAAGUCAGAUGUGCUCCUUUCAGCUGCUCCACCUGCCCUUGCUCCUACCUGAUGAGGAGGCUGUCUCAGCUGCUGUUUGCUUCAGGUUCCAGGUUUAUCCAUUUUUUUUAAAGAGAGCUUCUCGUCCAUAAAUUGCUGAUAAACCUGGGAGUGUGUUGUAUAUGUAAUGCUUCCUAGGGAAAAAGUAAGGCUGAAUGAGUUUCCCUUGACUUACCUGAAAUGCCUCCAUUUUACAAUUCCCUGGGGAAUAAAGUACUGUCUCCCUAAGGAAGUGUGGGAUCUGGUUUUAUGAGUAGUGCUUUAGAAAAUACAGCAGUGGAAUUUUUUACGCCACUUAAGUAUAUCAGAAUAAUAUACAGAACAAAUUCUAGCAUUGUAGACUUAGCUUAAUGCUUGUAUUAAAAAAUUCUAGUGACUGAUAAUGCAAAAACAAAAUUCUUAGGCCACUUUCCAGAAAGUAAUUGGUGUGAGCAAGGUCACUGUUUCUUGCAGCCUUUGUUGUUUUUCUGAGCAGCAACUCCUGUUCCCGAAACAACAAGCUACUGUAAGGUUUAAAAUACUACUUCGGGCCAUAGUUUUGGAGUUGUUUCUUCAUGACAUAAAAGUGUUCCUUCAAACUCGGAGAGCAGGCCUGUUUAGGUGAUCAGUAAGGCUGCCGUGGUUUCCUUCUAAAGAACAGUAGCAGGCUGGGAUCCAGUGAGCCUCUUUCAGAAAGCCUAGGGACUUGCAUGGUCCCAGUGUCAUGAUGUGGGGUGGACUGUGGUCAAAGAAACACAAGUCCCAAGUCCCCUUCUGCGUACUUGUGAGACUUUGCAAUAGUUCAUCUCCUGCUUUUCAGCCAAAGGACUCUCAAGAGUGGCUGACAAAGAUUUAAAAGUGAUAAAAACAACAGUAAAAUGAACAGAGCAGCCAAAGCAUAUCGGUCCCAGACCAGCUUAAAAAAGCAGCUGCAAAAUCAUAAAAGAGGGUGUCUGAUUUCAUGACGUUGGCUGCAUUCACAUUACAUGCUAAACUACACCUUGGCUUGGCAAGACCAUGCAAAGCCAAUUUCUGUUUUUUAUGUAUCAUCUGAACUGGGACUUGAGGUUAAGCUCAGUAGCUCCAAGCUGCAGACUUCUUGGAAAGUGCAUGGAGUUUUGUGUCGACGAAACACGAUGGCCCUUGUGGUCUCUACCCAACUCUAUGAUUCUAUGAAAUUAGGGGGCUGGCUCUGUGCCAGUAGCAGCAUGGGAAAGGCGGCAUUCCUUGCCUGGCUUCUCAAAGAUGUGCAUUACUGCCAGUUACCAAAACAGUUGGUAAGGCAGUGGGGAAGUGUGCUGGCACAGCAGCAAGGGCGCAGGAUUGGGUCCACCAUUUUGCUUGCACUGUGCUCCCUACUCCCUCGCCCUUCUCUGUCUUGGUGACCAAAAGUGGCGUGCGCUUUUGGAAAGACAGAGAAGCUGUGCCACUGGUCACUACUGGGCUGUGCCCAACAUAAAAGGUAAGGUACGGGUAGCUGCCAGGAGGGGUGGACUUUUCUUUUUCUACCACUCACUAGCAAACUAGUGAAAAAAGUGCAGGCCAGUGUCUAUUGCGAGGUUCUUUGCAGGGUAUUUUCUGUUUAAAUUUGCAAGCAAACAUUUUCCUCUACUGGGAAGUCAGCUGAGAAUAUAGAAGCCGUUGUCUUGUUUUUGGGUGGCCCAGUUUUGUUUUGAGGCUGAUGGGCACACAACCACCCGCGUUUGGCUUUAUUUGUUUACUUAGUUCACUGCUUACUGUUUUUUAGCUAGUACAGUGGAGGGGCCUGCUUGAUCUCAAUAGGCAGGGAGUUCCAAAGUUCAGGUGCUGCCACACUAAAUGCUUGAGUUCAUACCCAGAGGUUUAUUUAUAAGAACACAUUGAGUUCUUACCAAUUGUCUCCCGAGAGUUGGAUGCCGACCAUUGAUCAUAGUAAGUUUUUAAAAAUGUCCAUGGCAUAACAGUAGAACCCAAGUUGUGUCCCCUUAAUGAGGGAAUUUUGUUGUAUCCUUGUUCAUUGUGCACACGGAACAAAACUCCUGAAAUACGGAGAGAAUUAUAUGUCCCGAUACUAUAAAUCUGUGGUCAUGGCAGUGUAUCUAAGGUACAGGUACAAAUAAGUGAUCUAAUACGAUGUUUUUUUUUCUUUACAGGAACGUCAGAAUCGAAAUAAACAAUAAGAAUAAACAUAUAUAUGGUUUGCUAUAAAUAUAUAUAUAAAUAUAUAUAUAUAUACUAGAACUGAUAUUAAAUUUGAUUAUGAAAAAUUGAAUCUUUUUAAAAAUUUGCUCUGAUGCUGUAUUCUGGCAUCAGGAGACUGUAAAACUUUCAGCUCCAAUAUCUUUUUGUGCAGGGGAAAUUAAAUUGUUGCAUCUUUUAAGUACAUUGUAGUGUGUGUUUGGUUUUUGGUUUUGGUUUUGUUUUUGUUUUUUUUGCCCUAGUGAAUAUGCAUUAAUUUGUACCUUUUCUAUGUAAAAUGCUGUAGAAUCCACAAAUAAAGGUGUUUUGCUGGGGUUUUUUUAAUGGUUAAAGAAGUUCAUCUAUAAUUGAAGUUUCUGAUAAAUAUUAGUAUUUCCCAAAGACUUUUUACCUUCAACACAAAUUAUGUUUCUAAUCUGAAAAUUCACUAUAAUUUUAUAUUUAUGUACUGCAGAUCCUCUUAUUUCAACAGUCUCCAAAAUUGUCUUGCUCCUUCAUGGCAAGCAUACAAAAAAAACCUUGUGUGUGUUUUACUUUUUUGUCAUUUAUUUGGCGAAAUAACAUCCAAGUCAAAAGCAUUGACAACGCAGCAAGUUCAGAUCUCUUUGUAUAGUUCACUUUUUAUCUGUUUUGUUGAUUGGUUUUUUUAAGAAAAAAAAAUCCUGAAAGCACUUUUCUGUCUUGUAGAAAAUGAAAAGGGAACAAUUCACAAGUAUCACAUCUUGCAUGGGCUGCAUAGAUGAAAAUUGUACAAAUGCAAUUUUGCACUUGCAUAAUUUUCAGUCCUUUUCAGUGAAGUUUGCAUGAGAAAUGUUCCCCUUGGGUUCUUCCUCAUGCAGCCUAAAAACAGCCUUUCAUCCAUAUCUGAUGAAUUUUGUGUGCACCUGCUAUAUCAUAUCCUGCAACAAAAAGAUGAAAUUUUCUCUGCCAUCUUUUUUUUCUUGUGUUGUAGUUUUUUAAUGGUUUAAAUGUUUUCAGCAUCGCAGGGGCUUGGGGGCAAUGUGGCUUUUAAAGGCUUUUUUUCAGCUUUCUAAUACCCAUUAAAUCAUUUUUAAUCUGUCCCCUGUUUUUGUUCUUCACCCACCUUCUCUAAAAUGUCAUUUAAAAUUUUAUACCAAUAAUGGUGAGCUUUAAUAUAGAAUCUUAGUACAGACUCAUAUGAUGGAUUAUGCUUCAGAUGUUUAAAACUGUGUGUAUGUGUCUAUUAUUUUUUUUUUCCUGUUGGAUGAGUAAAAACAACUGUUUUAAGAAACGGAAUUUGCUGUCAUGUUUUUGUGGAAUGAGGAAGCUAUUGAAGAAAUGGCCACCAACCGGAGUUUCAAAAUUAAGCAUGAAUUCUUGAUGCUCAUGCCUGUUGCUCUAGCACACCGAACCUGCACGUGUUUAUUGUAGAGGAUCUUUUACUUAUAUUAGAAAGCAAAUAUCUUCUGAAAUCUACUUACUCAAGAGGACCUCCAAUUUAAAUGAAAGUUUAAGCUGUAUCAUUUAGACUUGUAUUUAGAACAUAUAGCUUUGUCUCUGGACUGUUGCUUCCGAUGUAAGGAGUGAUGGGACAGCAUCAGAUUUAACUUUUUUCCUCUAGGAGAAUACAAGCCUUAAUAAAUAAUACCUACUUCGCAAAUGUGA